AUGGAGAUCAAGUUUAAACUCCAAAAGACACCUUAUACACAACCUCCCCGUACUCAAAAGGCUCAGAAACCAUCCAGUUUGGCAUUCGUUCAUGUCGACAAUCCAAAACAAGCCAAAGACAAGGAAACAUUGAACAAAGUGCGUCGCCAUGUCAUGAAAGAUAUUGGUAGAUCAAGAAGAUCUCGUAUAACCCAGAAUGUGACUGUCGCAAACCCAUUCCCCCAAUCUGCACAAGCCCCGACAUAUUGGGGCGAUGUGGAAGUCUGCGUCAACUUCAAGCGUCUUUUGUGGGCUAUGGAGAUGGUUUCUGGGGCGCUCUUGUCUAUAACAGUGGUUGAGCCAUCAAUUGGAGACCAGCAAAAAAUCAGCAGAAGAAUUUAUGGUCCACCUUCUCUGAAAGACAUCGAGCUGUAUACGCAAUCACUUGGCACGGUUCGCGAGUCCAUUCUGGCCGAGAGCCGGAUCCGUCGGAAAGCGGUCAUCGGGACUGUGAUAUGUCUAUCUGUGUUUGAUAUGCGAGUGGGUAAUUUGAGUUCGUGGGAGAUGCAUAUGGCAGGACUCCAACGGCUCAUUGACCACAUCGGUGGUGUUGAAACCCUGGACUCGAAUUCUCCUUUGCGGCAGGCCCUGUUCUUAGCCGAUAUUCUGGGUGCCUUGAAAAAAGAUAUCACGCCAAAGUUCCCGGUGCUUGAUUUCCAUUUUGAGCCACAAACGGCCGUGACCCCAUACACUCAAAAACUGGUAUCAUCACUCGAACAAUUAGACCUCAAAGACCAAACACCAAUAAUUGUCAUCCGGAAUUCCUUUUCAUAUGUCUCUCGAGUAGCGGCAGUUCUGAACAAGCAGUGGUCGGAUAAUCCGACUGAUUCCGCUUUUGUUCUGCCAACGUCGGAGGAUAUGGGAUAUAUGAUCUCCCGCCGCGAAGUUCCUUUUCAAUACUUAAUGUCCCUGAUCGGUGACGAGUUCUGGGAUGGGAAGCUGGAGCUGAAGUUGUGGUUGCUGGUGAAUCAGCUGUGCAUAGAAGCAGGUGUUUCGAGAUUCUGCCAAUCUAUGCUCGUGGAAAGAGUUGAUGUCAUGUUUGCGGGAGGUGGCUUGGGUUGA